CCUCACAUUAGGGUUCGCAUCCAGCAAGGGGGCAAUUGUGAUCACUCUGCAGCGCUCAUCUGGGGGCCACUAGUUGGAUUGCUCUUUGUUGAACUGCCCGCUGAGAUUAAGCUUUUCGAAGAAGACAUGGCGCUCUCUUUGACAGCUCGCAAGCUGGUCCCUUGCCUUUCUCUCCAGGCCUCUCUCGCCCGCCACUCCGAGAGCGCUCACCCUGUCCUCCCGUUUGUCCCUGAUUUCAGCCGGCAGCUCCGCUUCCGAUGGCCAGCAACUUUUCAAAAACAUCGCGGUCAAACCAGACACUCCUUCUCCCAGGAGGCUGCUAGCGCCAGGCGAGGAGUGGUACAAGCGGUGGUUGCAGGCGAAGUGAUUGACAUUCAAGCGGAGUCUGUCGUAACCCAAGUGGAAACAGAAGCAGCACAGAAACCCAAGACAAUUGACCUCGCAUGCCCCAUCUGCUAUGGGCCAAUUGAAAGGCGGGGACCAGAGGGUUUCAGCCGAGCUGCCGUGGACGCCUCCCGGUUUGAGUGCCCUCGCUGCAAGCGCUCCUUUCCUGGCAAGCAGGGCUACGCAGACCUGACCGUCCUGGAAGGAGCGCAGGAGUAUGCAGACUUCCUACCACCAGGCACACAGAUUUUCAGGAAUCCGUUGGUGAGCUUUGUGUACGAGCGUGGCUGGCGGCAGGGCUUUGCGCAGGCGGGCUUCCCAGGAGUGGAUCAAGAGUUCGUAAUGGCGCAGCGCUACCUUGAGCCUGCGGCCGGCGGCGUCCUCCUUGACGUCAGCUGCGGCAGCGGGCUCUUUACGCGUCGCUUCGCUUCGAGCGGAAAGUACUCUGCCGUCAUCGGCUCCGACUUUUCGGAAAGCAUGCUCGUACAAACGCGCGACUUCAUUCGCCAGGACCGGACGCUCGACGACGCAAACCUUGCGCUGGUCCGAGCAGACGUCGGGCGGCUGCCCUUUGAGACGGGAUCGAUUGACGGAGUGCACGCGGGGGCCGCGCUUCAUUGCUGGCCGUCACCCAGCUCAGCAGUAGCGGAGAUCAGCCGAGUUCUACGACCUGGGGGCGUCUUCGUUGCGAGUACUUUCUUGGCGCCCCGUGCCCCCAUCCCCAGCCCGCUUGCACGGCAAGCCCGCCAGACGUUUGGGCCGAACUCGGCGUACAGGCAGUGGAAGGAGGACGAGCUCCGAGACUUGGCCCGCGCUUGCGGCCUCGUCGACUUCUGUUGCACACGGAACCGGCAGUUCAUCAUUCUGUCUGUUAGAAAGGCCGAUUGAUAGGCCCGGGGAAUGAAAAGGGUCUGGCGGGGGUAAAGUUAAGGGGUGAGGUCAGGGGUCGGGUCGGGUGGCCGGGUGGUUAAGGCUGGGCUAAGGUGGCAGGUCGGGUUGGGUGACCGGUGGAAGUGCUUAGGGCUUGUCCGUUUGGCCGGAAGCAGCCGGUUUGAGCGGUCGGUUCAAACGUUGGCAGCAAAGCGCGAGCGACCUUUUCGUCAGGAAGAGGGGUUUAGAUAACGAACUUCCGCCAUGUACGAUACGCUGAAUUUCGUUCCGCCCCUCCGCUUGUACAGGCCCUGCCAGUGCGUCCCUUCACGGAGCCUGAGCUCAGGGACUUGCUGACGAGGUGCGGGUUUGUAGAAUACACACAGAACACCAACAGGUUGCACAUAUUCUUGACUGCGAGGAAGCCUGAGUAGCACUGAAAAUAGACAAGGUGGUGUCUUUUGAUCGAGAUAUGUUAGGAUACAUUGACAUGUUGGUCUUACUUCUUCUAGGUUCAUGUUAAGACUUUGCUGGCUGGCAUUUGAGAUGGAGGUUUAAGAGGUCUGGAUUAUACUUCGAAGGUAGGUUUGUUCUUACGGCGAUUUGCGCCCCUUGUCGAGUGAUUCUUAUAGAUUUGAGUAUUCUUUUAGACACUGUGAGUCCAGGUUAACUGGCAAAUCGCGUAAUCGUGGUCCAUUCGGGCUUCAUAAGGGAACAUCGUCUCUUCUUCUUUUGGUCCAUAUCCGAGGCCAGGCCGUUGGUAAUCUAACUUGUCCAGCCACAGUCCAGCUAGCCCUCG